AUGCACUCCUGGAACAGUGGCCGGAAUUGGUGGAAAGAUGAAGUGGUAUAUCAGAUUUGGCCUGCAUCCUUCAAGGACUCAAACGGAGAUGGAUGGGGAGACAUUGGGGGCGUGAUUGACUCCCUAGACUACAUCAAAGACCUGGGUACAAACAUUGUGUGGCUGUCUCCGAUUUUCGAUAGCCCCCAAGAAGAUAUGGGUUACGACAUUUCGAACUAUGAAGACAUUUACCGUCCAUUUGGAACUGUGUCUGACGUUGAGACCCUGAUCGAGGCUUGCCACAAGCGAGAUAUACGAAUAAUCCUGGACCUUGUCGUGAACCAUACUUCGGACCAGCACCAGUGGUUCAAAGAAUCGCGAUCUUCGAGAGAUAACCCGAAGCGGGACUGGUAUAUCUGGAGACAGGCGAGAUACAACGAGAACGGAAACCGUAUGCCCCCUAAUAACUGGCGAUCAAACUUUAGCGGCAGUGCGUGGCAGUGGGAUGAGCCGACUCAGGAAUAUUACCUACAUCUAUUCGCCAAGUCGCAGCCAGACCUCAACUGGGAAAAUCCCGCAAUGCGACAGGCUGUUUACGAUAGCGCGAUGAAAUUUUGGCUUGACAAGGGCGUUGACGGUUUCAGAAUCGACACUAUCACCAUCUAUAGCAAAGAUCCGUCGUUCCCCGAUGCUCCAGUUCUGGAUAAUAGUUCACCAUGGCAGUUGGCAUCUUGCCAUUAUCGGAACAAACCGAGAAAUUUCGACCAUAUUUCUGAGAUGAACGAGAAGGUGCUUUCGAAAUACGACAUCAUGACCGUCGGAGAAUACGGACCCACAUACGACACAUCUUUGGCACUUAAAUACUGUAGUGCAUCAGAGAAACGCAUUGACAUGGGCUUCCAGUUCGAGACAGUUUACAUUGGCUUUGGGAAAAUUGACAAAUUCCAAUAUGAGCCCUUUACUCUCGGUGAAUUCAAGAGGAGGCAUGCAAAAUGGCAAACGUUUAUUGAAGGAAACGAUGGAUGGACUUCAGCUUUCCUUGAAAACCACGAUCUCCCGCGUUCUGUGUCCCGAUUUGGAUCUGACAAACCAGAAUUCUGGGCAGUUUCCGCAAAAAUGCUGGCCAUGAUGCUGGUGACGACUACUGGAACUUUAUUCAUUUACCAGGGACAAGAGAUCGGGAUGACAAACAUUCCAAAGGAAUGGACUAUUGAGGAAUACCAGGACGUCGAGGCGAAAAACUAUUAUGCUGCCGUCAAAGACGCAACGCGGGGACAUGAGAGCGCUCUGAAACGAGCUAUGGAUGGAGUUAGGCAUGUCGGGAGGGAUCACGCAAGGACUCCUAUGCAAUGGAGUGAUGCUGCGAAUGCAGGAUUUUCUACAGGCAAGCCAUGGAUGAGGGUGAAUGACAACUAUCGAGAUAUUAAUGUCAGGAAUCAGUUGGCGGACAAGAAAAGUGUACUUUCGUUCUGGAAGGCCUUGAUCCGGUUGCGCCGUCAAUACAUAGACAUUUUCGCUCAUGGCUCAUUCUCAUACCUGGACGAGGGUGAAUCAGUGAUGACGUAUGUGAAGAAAUUCAACAGCCAAAGGGUUCUGGUGGCUUUGAACUUCACAUCAGACGAGCACAUAUUCUCAUUGCGAAAAGAAUGGUCAUCAGCAAAUCUUCUGGCCUGUAACAUUGAUCACCCAGAAGACCAGAAACUAAGUCCGUGGGAGGGAAGAAUCUACUCUAUCCAAAUCUAACAUCAGAAGCUUUCUUUUGUCGAAAGAAAUGUCUAAGGUGAUGACAAGUCACAAGAUUUGAG